UAUGAAAAAAAGAACACUUCAGGAUCUGUCUGAAGAACAAGACCAGAUUAAUUCAUCUUAUAUAGAAAUUAAUUCAGUUUAGAAAGAACUCUAUUUAGAAAAUCAAAAAAGACUAAAAGAAAAACAAAAAGAAAAGGAGCAAAUUGUUGUCAUAGAAGAUGAUGAAAUCAAAUAAUAAAUUGAAGAAAAUGAAGUUUAAUUAUCUUUUCCUAUUGGAACAUUUUGUUUAAAUUGUUUAACAUAAUAUCCUACAGAUGAAAAAUAACAACAUCAUUUACCAUUUAUUAACAUCCUUUAUGAAAAUGCAUAUAUAGAUGUUAAAACUUAAAAGCCAAAAAAAACAUUGGAAAGUGCUUUAAUGACUUGUUUUGGAUUUGAAGAUGAACUAUUAGAACCUAUAGUUAAAUCAGGUGUACAACUCUUCAUUGUGUAUAAUAAUGAUAAUUAAAACAAAAAGCUUGAAGUUAUUGAAAAAUAUAACAAUUAUCCAAAUUGGAUGGUAAUUAAGCCAUCAAAAUUAAGUUCAAGUAUGUAUGGUGGUGCAUUUCAUCCUAAAAUAUGGAUUUUAAAAUUUCCUAAAUUUAUUCGGAUUGUCAUCGGAAGUUAAAAUUUACAUGUAGGAGAUUGGACAAUAUGGUCAUAAGCAAUGUGGAUAUAAGAUUUUAAAUUAGGAAAAAGUGAAUUAGACUAAACUUCUUAAGAGUUUAAAACUAUGUUAAGAGAAUUCUUAUAUGAAAUAUUGCCUACAUCUCAUAAAUUUGAAGAUCUCCUUAAAAUUAAAUAUGAUGAUUAUGAUUUUAAAGAUGUAAAUAUAAGACUUAUUACAUCAAUCCCAGGAAGAUUUGUAGGUAAUCAAUUAUAUAAAUAUGGUAUGAUGAGACUUCAGUCUGUCUUAUAUUAAGAAUUAUGUAAUAACAAAAUGGAAAUACCUAAAUAAGUUUGUGUUACUUAUUAAACUACUAGUAUAGGAUAAUUAGAUAAUAAUUAUAUUGAUUUUGCUUUAUAAUGUUGCACAGGUAGAGUCUAUAAAUAACCAUUGACAGGUGAAUAAAAUAACAAAAAAGUUAAUUAAAUGAUACUAAAUCAAUAAGAAGAAGAAUAAUCAAAAUUGAAAUUAAUAUAUCCAACAGCAGAUUAUAUUGAAAAUUAAACUCAUGGAGGAGUUGACUUUGCAAAUCCAUUGCAUUUCAAAAAAUAAUUAUAUGAAAAUCCUAAAUUUCCAAAACAUCUAUUUUAUAAAUACUAAGGAUCAGAUCAUUAUUAUUGGCAUACUGGUAAUAUUCCCCAUUUAAAAGUUAUGAUUAUUACAGGUUUAGAUGAAGAUAUAAAUGAUUAUACAUCUAUAUAUAUUGGAAGUCAUAAUUUUAGUUAAGGUGCUUGGGGAAAAAUGGAAAAAAAUGCAACUUAAUUGUAUAUAGCUAAUACAGAAUUAGGAGUCUUAUAUCCUCCAAAAAAAAAUUCAGCAUAAUUGAAAUAAUAAAUAAUAGAAUAACUUUCAUUCAAAUUUCCUCCAUUAAAAUAUGAAAAAGAUGAUGUACCUUGGAUUGUUGAGGCAUAUUAUGAAAAAUUGUACAAAGAACACUAGUAAUAAAAUAAAUGA